AUGGCCUCCUUCUCCAAAAAGUAUGCCACCCUCGCCCCCACCGUACGCACGCUCGCGUCGGGAACGCCCUCAGCACCGUCGGUGAACCUAGCCGCUCGUGCGGUCGCCUCGGGACAUGGUCACGGUCAUGGCCCUGGCCCUAGGUCGGACGCCCCGUCCAAGUGGGCUGGCGGGUACAGGUCUACUUCGAGCGGUGUCUUCAACAAGUCUUACAUCACUGCACCUACCACUGGCGUCUUUCAACCUCGUUUACUCCACACUACUGCCGUCCGCAGAGAUGCGAACGAAGUCCCCGACCUCCAGGAGUACGCUGCCGCCUCCGAAUCCAAUAACCGUGCCCUCUCAUACUUCAUGAUCGGUUCCAUGGGUAUCAUCACCGCCUCCGUCGCGAAGUCCACCGUGACCGAAUUCCUGCAGACGAUGUCCGCGUCCGCCGACGUUCUUGCGCUCGCCAAGGUCGAGGUCGAACUCGCGAGCAUUCCCGAGGGGAAGAACGUGAUCAUCAAGUGGCGCGGAAAGCCCGUGUUCAUCCGUCAUCGUACGCAGGACGAGAUCCAGGAGGCGAGGAGCGCGAACUGGAAGACGUUCCGUGACCCAGAGUCGGACGAGGCGAGGACGAAGAAGCCGGAGUGGCUGGUCAUGCUGGGCGUUUGCACACAUUUGGGUUGUGUGCCUAUCGGCGAGGCGGGUGAUUAUGGAGGAUGGUAUGUGUUCUGCCCGUGCCACGGUUCCCACUACGAUAUCUCCGGCCGCGCUCGCAAGGGCCCUGCUCCUCUCAACCUCGAGGUUCCCGAACACGAUUUCAACGACGCCGAGGGCAAGCUCGUUAUUGGUUAG